UCUUCUGCUUCCCAGACACUAAGUCUGGGAUGAAAAUUCACCUGCCUCUGAGUUGGCCAGUGGUGGGGGCUGGGAUGUUACUUGGGUUCCCAGGUUGGAAGAUUAUCUCACCCAGCCCUAGCUAUAUAAGCUGACCGGUGUGGAGGAGCUUAGCAGGGCCAACUCAAGCGAUUCAUUCCACAAGAGAAAAACAUACAGGCGAACUUGAGGCCAACACGAUGAUGCUGCAAGUACAAGAGCUGGUCACAGGGAAGAAGAAUGGCAGUGGAGACACCGGGGAGUUCCUUCCUGAGGAUUUCACAGAUGGAGAGUAUGAAGCUGCUGUUACUUUGGAGAAGCAAGAGGACCUGAAAACGCUUCCAGCCCACCAUGUGAGCCUUGGGGAGCAACAGUGGAGAAUUGAGAAACAACGAGAGGCAGAGCUCAAGAAGAAAAAACUAGAACAAAGAUCAAAGCUUGAAAAUUUAGAAGACCUUGAAAUUAUCAUUCAACUGAAGAAAAAGAAAAAAUACAGGAAAACUAAAGUUCCAGUUGUGAAGGACCCUGAACCUGAAAUUAUCACAGAACCUGUAGAUGCGCCUCGCUUUCUGAAGGCUGCCCUGGAGAAUAAACUGCCAGUAGUAGAAAAAUUCUUGUCAGACAAGAACAACCCAGAUGUCUGUGAUGAGUAUAAACGGACAGCUCUUCACAGAGCGUGCCUAGAAGGACAUUUGGCAAUUGUGGAGAAGUUAAUGGAAGCUGGAGCCCAGAUCGAAUUCCGUGAUAUGCUUGAAUCCACAGCCAUCCACUGGGCGAGCCGGGGAGGAAACCUGGAUGUCUUAAAAUUGUUGCUGAAUAAAGGAGCAAAAAUCAGUGCCCGGGAUAAGUUGCUCAGCACGGCGCUGCACGUGGCGGUGAGGACUGGCCACUACGAGUGCGCGGAGCAUCUCAUCGCCUGUGAGGCGGACCUCAACGCCAAAGACCGGGAGGGAGACACCCCCCUGCAUGAUGCUGUGAGACUGAAUCGUUACAAGAUGAUCAGACUCCUGAUUAUGUACGGCGCCGACCUCAAUGUCAAGAACUGUGCUGGAAAGACCCCGAUGGAUCUGGUGUUACACUGGCAGAAUGGAACCAAAGCAAUAUUUGACAGCCUCAAAGAAAACUCCUACAAAACCUCUCGCAUAGCUGCAUUCUAAAAGAAACGGCGACAGAUUCUUUGUCGUCUGCUCUUCACCGGCUCUUGGAAGGCUCGGGCCCCAAAGAAGAGCAACUAGUUAUGUAAAAUCCAGCUUCUCUUUAUCAACCUGUUGUCAAGCCACACCUGAUGAAGUUUUGAGAAAGCACGGGAAUAUUGGUAUUGAAAUUUCUCUUAGCGAAACUCUAUUUUUCUUUUUGUAUUUAUUCCUGUGUAUUUAUUUUUAAAUGUACUCGAUACCACUGAUACGCAGAUCCUUUAUGAUCAUCCAUUUGGUGAGGAAAGCUUAAUUCAUAUAUAACACUUCAGAGCCUUCCUGUUGAUAAUUCUCAAACCGAGGUAAUAAGCAGUGCUCUCAGCACCUACUUUUGUGUCCCCUCACUCAUGUAGGAUAUUUCAAGCUGUUUCUAGAAGACAAAGGAGAUUAUUGCAGCCCUCUUUUCUCCUGAAUUUUUAUUCCUGAAGUUUGAGGCAUUUGAAAGCAUGUAGUGACAGAAAAGGAGACAGUAGAAUGAAAGAGAUUGUCCUUCUGUGAGAAGGACAAUAAAGUCAGACAUUUUUUGCGGGGCCUGGUAUUACCAAGUCACGCACUGUACCAAGGUGAAGUGAAUGUCGUGAACGUAAGCAGAGCGCAGUGGAAGGAGUGGGCAAGGAGUGGGCAACUGUAACAUGCAGAAUGGAAUUUUCUCAAAAAAAGAUGAAGGCAACCGCAAAUUGUAAAUGUGUAAAUGUAUAUGAUGUCAUAUGUAUAUUUUAUAUUCAUAAUAAAAGCAAAUUCUAAACCUC